AGCCGGCGGUCCAUGCAGCCUCCUCCUCCUCCUCCUCCUCCUCCUCCGACUCCGUCUCCGUGUCCGGGCCGAGGCCGGAGAUCAUGAGGCUGGUGGUGAAGGCCGUCGACAGGAUGAGAUGCUUUCGGAAGCGCGCCACGAUCCCGGUCCUGGUCUUCCUCAUCACCUUCCUCCUCUUCUUCAACCUCUACAUGGACAAUGAGUAUGUGCUGGAGGCGGAGAAACGGCCCCUGGGCGAGACGCUGCUGCCCCCGGGCCCCCCAGGGCCCCCAGAGAGAGACGUACCCGGGCUCCGGGAGCCGGCCAACUUCUCGGGGAGCAUCAACGUGACGUACCGCUACCUGGCGGGCCUGCCCCUGAACCGCAGGAAGUUCCUCACCAUCGGCCUGUCAUCCGUCAAACGGAGAAAGGGGAACUACCUGAUAGAAACUAUCAAGUCCAUCUUCGACCAGUCCAGCUACGAGGAGCUACAGCAGAUGGUGGUGGUGGUCCACCUGGCGGACUUCGACCUGGCGUGGUGUGACCACCUGGUGCAGGAGAUCUCCCGGAGGUUUGCCCACCACAUUCUCGCCGGGCGCCUGCUGGUCAUCCAGGCUCCGGAGGAGUACUACCCGCCUCUGGACGGUCUGAAGAGGAACUUCAACGACCCCGACGACCGGGUCCGGUUCCGCUCCAAGCAGAACGUCGACUACGCCUUCCUGCUCAACUUCUGCGCCGAGCUCUCGGACUUCUACAUGAUGCUGGAGGACGACGUGCGCUGCUCCAGGAAUUUCCUGACCUCCCUGAAGAAGGUGAUCUCCUCCCGGGAAGGCUCCUACUGGGUGAUGCUGGAGUUCUCCAAGCUGGGGUAUAUCGGGAAGCUGUACCGCUCGGGGGACCUGCCGCGCCUGGCCCGCUUCCUGCUGCUCUUCUACCAGGAGAUGCCGUGCGACUGGCUCCUCCUCCACUUCAGGGGCCUGCUGGCCCAGAAGGACGUGAUCCGCUUCCGGCCCUCGCUGUUCCAGCACAUGGGCUAUUACUCCUCGUACAACGGCGCCGAGAACAAGCUGCAGGACGACGACUUCGAGGAGGACUCGGCGGACGUCCCCGACAACCCGCCCGCCCGCCUGCACACCAACAUCCACGUGUUCGAGAGCUACGACGUCGGCCGGGCCUACAGCAGCGUCGCCGAGGAGUACUUCUGGGGGAAGCCGCCGUUCACCGGGGACUUCUUGGUCGUCAUCUUUAACAAGUCCGCCAGGAUCAGCCGGAUCAGGGUCGUCACGGGGUCGGACGACCGGCAGAGCGACGUCCUGCGCCGCGGGGCGCUGGAGGUCGGGCGGAGGCUCACGGAGUCCAGGCAGGGCCAGCAGUGCACCUCCUACAUCACGCUGGGGGAGUUUAAGGACGGCCGCAUCGAGGUGCACAACGUGCACCAUAAGAUCGGCUUUGAGGUCCAGUGCGUUCGGAUAGUGGUGACGGCCAGUCAGGAGGACUGGCUCAUCGUGAGGACGGUCAGCGUGUGGACCGCCCAGCCCUCUCCACUCUGAGGACGGUCAAGACCCUGAGGACGGUCAGCGUGUUGACCGCCUGUUAGUUAGGUCUCGAUCCCACCGAGGUGGGCGGCUUGGUUCGGUCUGAAAGGGUGCCAAAAAAGGUGGAGCAACACAAUGCCUUCCAUUGAUUGGUCAAAAGAAUCGUCACAUCUGUGCGACAGGGGGAUAAAAAACAAACAAACACGGUACCCGCAAGGUAUUUAUGGACAUUUCUGGAAAGGCGAAAGCUUUGUUUAUUGAAGCAAAUGACACGCAAAAGUUUGCUUCCGUAGCUGCCGCGGUUAAACCCCGCCCUACCAUAAGGGUAGAGUCGGAGGAGGUGGCAACGUGAGCCAGAUUCAGCGUAACCGAGCUGUCCUGCCCCGAGCCGCGCCGUUCCGAGCCGCUCCGCUCGGUGCAAACGAAGCAUUAGUACUGUGACUCUGUGUUCCCGUCCUGGAAGGUUUCAGUCUCGUACGGGUUCAUCUCGGGACAGUGGCUGUGGACGUUAAAUUCAAACCAUCCAAAUUUUACCGGACUGCACAUCUGUUUUAGUUUUGUUGAGAUUUACAAUUGGUUUAAUCUGAAUUAAAGAUGUACCGUUAACGUUGUUUUUCCAAUGAAAUCCUGAUAUUGACUACAGAAGAAACGUCCAGGUCAUUGUUUAGUUUUCUUUGUACUUUGCCCCAGAAUCCUCUGCUAUGUCGCUUUGCUACUUGACUUUGGGUUGUUGCAUUUCUAAUAAAAAUCAUGACAUUCUGCCACCAGGUUUUAUGUUAUGUUGACGAGCCAAUUCAGAAGCUCUUCGUAAAUGACAUCAUAAUGUGGGCGUGUGUGGGUUGUCGUUGUGCGUGUGCGUGUGCGUGAACAUCAAGGGCAAAAUGAUUCCGGCUCCAUUAUGGUUGUCGAUCAUACAUCGUCAUUAGGUCUCCGUGGUGGUUGUGGAUCAUUACUCUGGACUGAUGGGGUGCUGUGGUCAGGGCUGGGGGGCCGGGCCGGGAGGGGUCCAUCCUGAUGGUGUGCGCCGCUCUGACCCCCAGAACUACCGAGACGUCCAGAACUUAAACGGGAUUCAUGGAUGGAUGUGCUUCGUAAUAAAGUGAUGAAUACAUUACUGUUUUCAAUGUUACUAUUAGUUAUCAUUGUGAGUCUGAGUCUCAUAUUGUGUCUGGACCGA